GAGCUCGGUGCGAAAAAUUUGAACACGGUCUUGAAAUAAACAACAUUGUUUGUUAACAGAGUUUUCAUUUACGCACGUUUACGUUCGGCAUGCUGGCACAAAUCCGACAUCUGGGUGGGGCUUAACCGUGCUUUACUCUCAUUGGCUAGUGAGAUUUGGAUCGACAGCUCGAGCGUUCAGCUGAGCAGGAGGAGGAUGACGCGCCGUGCCGCUCUCGAGAGUUCAUCACUUAAAACAAACAAACAAAUCAAUAAAUAAUGGUACGAGACUACCCAAACCUCAACUAUGAAUUACGAACUGAUACACUGACCAAGUCAUUUCCUCUACAAAGUACAAACACCAUAAAUAUUCAGAACGCGCUACAAAAUUCACACCACUGAGGUCUCUACUUCCGGUUCAUGGUGCUGUCGUUCCAAGCCUCACUAGCCAAUGAGAGUAAAGCGCUGUUGAUUAGCGAAAAGGAAGUUUAGAAAACUGUUAACAAAGACUGUUUAUUUGAAGACCGUGUUACGUUUUUUGCCACCGAGUUCACUGUUUUCAGUUUCCGAGCGCUUUUCUUCUUUCUCGUCGUAUAUUUUUGUCCGUUUCUUGAAACGUAGUACUUUUCAGUACUUUUCAUCAUAACAAGUUAUAAACUCCUUUAUAAGCCUUAUAAUUUACUCUGAGUAGAACGAAAACACAAAUCUUCCUUUUUUUUAUAUUCAGAAGUAAAAAAAAUUAUGAAAUUGUGCAUGCUAUUUCCUAUCCCUAAUUCGAAGGAUAUGACAGAAGGAUUUCACAGAAUGUUGCUAAUUUUUGGAUUUAUGUUAGAUUUUGUAUUGGGGUGGGAAAAAAAGUCAUCUUGAUAUGGUAUUUUUUUAAUUACUAUUAUUUAAAAAAGGAUUAAUAUUCCAACAAACGUUUCUGUUAAAGUCCUUCUCUCGUAGAAGUCUCCAGAAUGGCUACGUUUCCAUCCGAGUUGCGAAUUUAACUCGUGUGGAAAAAUUGGAAUAUCGCGUAAAACAUUUGCGAAGAAACCACCGUUUCUGUCCCGUUUGUUCAAAAGAACAAAACUCGUCACCUCCGUGGAAACUGGCGCGUCCCGCUGUCCGCCAUUUUUACUUUUCCGAGCCAGUUAUUCAGUCGCACGAUUCGUUGCGGCGAAGUCACUGAUUUAUUUAUUUAUUUAUUUAUUUAUUUAUUUAUUUUAGAUGUGCGUCGAGGAAUUUAUUCGUUAAACCAUUCGUUUUCCAUCGUAGUUUAUGCGCAUGUCCUGUUAUUGGGGGGGGGUCCAUUGCAAGUUUUUUUUUACGUGCAUUUUGGAGAUUUUAUUCACAUCUGGUGUUAUUUCCAUCCAGUGUUUAUUUUUAAGCAAUAUCCUAAAAAAUUGCAUAAAAAUAUGUGGAUGGAAACGUACCUAGUGAGAGAUUUAAAGUGCAACUACUACGCUUUUUUCAGGUAUUUACCUUUCGUGUAGUGCGUUUAUUUGUAAAUGGCUGUUUGUGAAUGAAUCGCCCAAUUCUGAACAACUGAACCGAGUCGUCAGUAAUCCCAGGCUUUACUUCCUGUAUAAACCUUCGUAGUUUGGUAACAAUAAAAAAAACCCCGCCUCUGGUCUUCUUCGGCUGCUGGCGAACGACGUGUACUUUGACCCGCUCUCAAACGCUAGUUGAGGUUGCGUCCUGAAAGAGUUAGGCUCAUGUCUAGAAGACGUUGUUUUCACGGACUCCCAAAGGACGAGGAUCUCAAGCGUCGGUGGUUAGAAUUCCUUUUAAAAACGAUACCACGGCAGUUCAACGCCAAACUUCAUUUGUGUGCCCGUCAUUUCACUGACGACCGCUUCGCAAAUCUAGCCGAAGUCAACGCAGGAAACGAUUAUUCGUUAAAGACGGGGCCGUACCCUCUUUAUUUGGACCAUCUUAUACGUCUCUGGAUCACAACCCGUCGAGCAAAACCAUGAACCUCUGCUCCAAAUGUUUUGCAGACAUCCAGAAGAAGCAACCAGACGAAGACUGCGCUUCAGAGCCCGCCCCCAGCUCCAGCAAUAGCCAAUCAGCCGUCUUCUGUAACGAGACAAGCAGCAGCAGUAGCCAAACCCUGUCCUCGGGCUCCGAGGGGCCGUCCACAGAUGCCACGCCUCUCUCUAAACAGGAAGAAGUCUCGAGUACAGACACAGCCCGAGGCACGCUAUCCACUCCGACGAAACGGCCCUGUGAUACAGCCUCGGGUUCGGAGAGCGAGGCCUCCCCGGAGAAGCGGGUGCGUGUCGGCGAGUCCUCUGAAGAAUCUCAGCGAGGGCCUAAGCAGAAGAACCGCAGGCGUUGCCAUCGCUGCCAAACCAAACUCGAGCUUGUACAGCAGGAGCUGGGCUCAUGCCGCUGUGGAUACGUAUUCUGCAUGCUGCACCGGCUGCCCGAGCAGCACGACUGCCUGUUCGACCACUUGGGUCGUGGGAGAGAGGAAGCCGUGCUUAAGAUGGUCAAGCUGGACCGUAAGGUGGGCCGAUCCUGCCAGCGCAUCGGAGAGGAGUGUUCCUGAACACAUACACACACAUACAUACAUACAUACAUACAUACAUACAUACAUACAUACAUACAUACAUACAUAAAUACACUCUCUCUCUCUCACACACACAUGCACACACACUGUAUAUUCCCCUUCCAGUCUCACUUCCCCUGAUUCAACUGAGGCCAGUGGUGCUUAGAUCCUCAGUGCUGAACAAUGUAACACACAUGCCCCCUCCCAAGCCCCGACUCCCCCCCACACACACACACACGCACGCAAUCUCCUGGCCGUGACACUCCUCACAACUGUCUUAAUCCCCUUCCUGUGGAUGUUGUUGGAAGACCACCAUCUCAAAAAAAAAAAGAGAAUCAUCUAGUGGUGUUUUCGGCAUGCUGCCAUCAUCUCAGAUUAAUUUUUUUCUUUCCCCCCUGCCAUUUUCGAUUCUACAGUCCAUCAUAAUUUUCAAAAAUGAAUCAUAUAUCCCUCUGUUGUUGUCGUUGUUGUCGUUAUCUCAAUUUAGGUUUUCAAGUAUAAGGUCACUAGGUCAGGGGUCAUUCCCAACAUGAAAAAAAACCUCCAUCAGGCCUACAAAGCUGAGGAAAGCGAGAUCUGUGAUCAGGACUGGCCUUCGCCCUCAUCAGCGGAAUCAGGUUCCACCUCCUAACCUCCUUCGGUCUGUUUGGAGAAUAAAUUUUUUUCAUUUUGCCUCCAGUCGCCGCGAUCGUUCUUUAACCCGAGUUCGAAUCGGAAACGGAGUCUGACGUGGCUCACACACCCUCACGUCCACCCCUACGUUGGCCUUGGAGAUACCGUGUGCUGUCACUCUAGAGGCCUCUAUUUUUCACACUCAUUUCCCUGCACGCGCACACACACACACACACACACACACACACACACACACACACACACACAGUUAUACAUAAACCCGAGUUAUUUUGAUAUAUUAUGUUCAUAUACACACAAAAACCACAUGUGGUCUGUGUGUGCCCAGUACAUGGACAGAAGCUAAAUCGGUACCCUUCGGACCGGGUUCAUUCGGGAUCGUGCGCCCCAGGGCUUUACGGGAACUGUAGUUCAGGUCUGCAUACACUUCUGUAAACUUGCAGCUCCAGUCAGACCCCAUAUGAUGUAUUUAGUGAUGCUCUGCCUCCAGAAAGCUACAGUCCUCAAAAUGAUUCUUUCCUCCUUUCAUGUCUUCCCCACCCACCCACCCACCCUCCCUCCCCCUUCCCCAGUUCUGACCCUCCUUUUCAUUCAUCCUUCACUUUUCUUCUCACUUCCAGUUUUGCACUUUUUUCCUUCCCAACACACGGUUAUCUCAUUCGUCACGUUUUCCAAGUGGCUUUAGGAGGGACUGGGUUUUGAAGGUUGGAGGCAGAGUGCUGAAUAUACAGGUUUUUUUUUUUUUUUUUUUAAAGCUGUUAUUUUUUUUUCUUUCCUUUUCUGUUAAAAGGACAGAGCUGAAGACAAUAAGUGAAUAUCCUGUAUCUUAAAGAAAUCCUUAUUUAACCAUCUUUGUGUUUCUGAUUAACUCGCACUAGCAUAGAGCUGCGUUUCUUUUCCCUCUUUAGGUUAACAUUGUUAAAGAGAUAAAAAAGCAGUAUGGAUAAGAUAAUUCUGUAGCCUUUCUUUGGGUUUUUUUUUUCUUUUUUUUUCUCCUUUCCUUUUUGCUGAAAAAGAAUAAACUGGAUUAGUGAA